AUGAAGUUUCCCGUGUGUGUACACGAUACCCAUGUCGUAGUGAAAUCGGACAUUUGUCGCAAGCCACCAAUCCCAGGAAAGUGUAAAGCCCAGUUUAUGAGAUGGUACUUCAAUGUUCACAUGGGGACCUGCAGCUGGUUCACAUACAGCGGCUGCGGAGGCAACCAGAACAAAUUCCGGACAGCAGAAGAUUGUGAAAGACGUUGUAUGGGCACAAAGAAAGAUCUUCUGGAGGAGAGGAAGCAUCGCAGACACAACAACGACACCGCGGAAACGAUUGAGCAUGUCCCAGAAGCCGAGAACUUCAUAGACGUACAUGACCAUGACCUGGAGGAAAGCAGAGAACCUAAGCUAAUCAGGGCACCCGCUAGAGCAGCAGAGAUGAUUGACCUAACCAGCCAUAUCACAUCAUCUCUUCAACUGGGAAACUCUCCUAGCAAUGCAACCUUAACACGGAAAGAAGAAAAGAAGAAGAGGAGAAGAGAGCGGGAGAAAAGGAAAAGGCAGAAUAAGCGCAAUAAAAAUAAAAUCAAUUCACGUCGCCUCAAGAAGGUAGAAUAUUCGACAACAACCGAAUCCAGUCAAAAGAUAUCUUUUCUAGAGCUGGGAUCAAAUACAAAUGAGAAACUUCUGACUUCAAUCAACGAAACAGUAACACCCAAACUGGCAGAGUUUAAAGGCACGCAGACGGCAUUUUCCUUGUUUGGUCUAACUAACCAAGACGACAAAAGCGUCUGGAUGAUGGACAAACAAUUCAGAAGACGAGGAAAGAAGUAUCGAAACAAAUCAAAGGAACCAACAGCAACUAAGUCACGGUCAGAUACUCUGGAUGUGUACUCAGGGGCGAAACAAGACACGUAUUAUGAUAAGGUAAAAUUAUUUGAUAUCCUGACACAUGAAGCGAAAGAAGAGACUAAAAACUUAUCGCCGUAA